GCAGUUGGCAAAAGCCUUCUGCCCUGACUCCUGUUGUUAUGUCAUAUCUACACGAAAAAAUCCUCGGGGAAGCUUGUUUCUCUCAAGGAUAUUUGGUGUCUUCCUUGGGUUUUCCAUUCUCCCAGACCCCAAUUUCAUUGGAAGAUGUACUCAGAAUUACUAUUAAAGCAGAGGUGCCUCUAAUACAUGCCAGAGGCCAACGCAUGAAGAUCUGCGCAAUUUGCUGAAGAAACUUCAGAAAAUGAUGGAUCGACUUGGGUAUGGACCAUCUAGAGAGAGAUUCAGAGGACGGCCUGCAAGAUAUCAGGCAGCUAUUGCAUCUACAUCUUCUCAAAGAGGAAUGUUAAGAGUACGCACAAAUUAUGAACAAAAUGAGGUUCCUGUUUUUAAUACCUAUGAAGAAUACCAUAAGAUGGUUCUCCAGUCAUUUGAAAAUAUUUCAAUUGUAAUGAACACAGAUGGAAAACUUAUUUUUGUAUCCCAGAAUGUGUCACCUCUUCUUGGCCACCGUCCAGAAGAUAUUAUGGGAAAGAACCUACUGAAUAUUGUUCUUGAUGAACAAAAGGAUGAAGUGUCUGAGAAGAUUAUUCUUAAUCUUCCAUUGGCAAAUAAAGUGGGAAGUCUAAUAGAAUUUUGCUGUUACAUAAGAAAAGGAAAUGUAUGUCCGAGUGCCCUGGACAGAUAUCGUUAUAGGGCCAUGUACCAAGGGAGAGACACAUAUGAGUAUGUGAAAUUCAUCUUGUACCUACAGGAUUCUUAUGAUGAGUCAUUUGUAUUUUUUGGACACUAUGGUCCUAAUAGCCGAAACAUUUGGUCAUCUGCUCCAAGGCUGUUAUGGGAGCAACAGUACUACCUUGUGGGAAACAUUUCCGUUCUUCGUACACCGAAUGAGUCAGUACAACCUGUUAAGGUUCAAACAAAUGUUAUAGUUAUUGAAUCGGAUGAUGACAAUACUAUUCAACCCCGCAGGCUUAUAAAACGACGCCGGAGGAGCAAAAUGCAAAGACAUGCCCAGUCUGAAGUUGUGAAUGUGGAGGAGCAUCCUGAAUCAGGCACAGAAGUUGAGAUUGUAGAUGUUCAACCAGCCACUCAGCGAAUGCCAUUUGAAUUAGUUCAGGUCAGGACAUCCUCUCGCUCAAGUGUAAGCACAGAUGUAAGUGCAGCUACAAGCUUAAGCGCCGCUGUGAGGACAAGCACAAGCACUUCAUCUACAGAUGUUACAACAACAACACCAGUAUCAACCCCUACAUCCGGACUGGGGUAUUUGAUGGAUCCAAAAAACUUGCUAGAGCCCCAGGACAUGGAAUUUGAAGUGGCUCCAGAAUUCCUUCUUAAUGACAGCCAAGAAGAACAGGCCUCUACAGAGCAAGAAGAAUGCACUGAAGAGAAUGUGAAGAAACCCCUGGAAGAGUUAAAGGGCUCCAUUUCUGAGGACCAUGGAAUUGAUAAAGAUUCUGCACAUCACAAUGUUUCUUCGGAUGAUGAUUGCUGUAUAAUAGAAAAUGUUCAAGAGGAGAAAGACCCUAAGAUCAAAGAAGCUGUGUGCCAAGAACAAGAACAUCAAAAGUCACCUGAAACUACCUCAUCACGUCCAACCACACCAUUACAGGCAGUGCGCCCAGAGGCUGUGGUGGAACCCAUAGUGCGCACAGAUUUGCGGGUACAUGGUGCUGAGGCAAGGAGAGCAUAUCAAUUCCAGCGUCCACUUUUGGGGGAAAGGUUUGCCCAACUCUGUGGACCACAAGUGCCAACACAGGUCUAUGAUUUGACUAUAAGCAGAUCCUUCGAUGAUGAACCACCUUCUUACACAGAUAUUGAAGAGGAGGAAAGGGAACGAGAACAAUGUGAAUAUGAGUUGGCUCAGCGUAUUGAGAUGCUUCGAAACUUACCAUAUGAACGGCCGGGGCAGCAACAAACUGGGCAAGGACAAGGACCUCGUGUAUAUCGUCCACGAGAGCAGGUGGUGACUGUUAUUGAUGACGUGGGGCCACAUGCCAUGAAUUUUUUUAGAAAUGACAACUCUGAGCAUCCACGAAAUGGCAGACGUAGACAUCGGGAGGAUCCUGCUCCUCCACUUCUGCAUCACGCAUCAAGAUCAUGCCAAGAAUUAACAGCAUCACAUCAAGCUUCUGCACCAUCAUGCCAGGUAUCUGCAUCGUCAUGUCAAUUACCUGCAGCUUCACGUCAAGCAUCUGCACCAUCAUGCCAGAUAUCUGCACCGUCAUGUCAAUUAUCUGCAGCUUCACGUCAAGCAUCUGCACCAUCAUGCCAGAUAUCUGCACCGUCAUGUCAAGUAUCUGCAGCAGCAUGUCAAGCAUCUGCACCAUCAUGCCAGAUAUCUGCACCGUCAUGUCAAGUAUCUGCAGAAGCAUGUCAAGCAUCUGCACCACCGUGUCAGAUAUCUGCACCGUCAUGUCAAGUAUCUGCAGCAGCAUGUCAAGCAUCUGCACCACCGUGUCAAGCAUCGGCAUCACAGCAAGCAUCAACAGCAUCAUCAACAAUGUCACAUCAAGCCUCCUCUGACAACCGAAGAGACAACAUGCCACACUUUCUGCAUGAUCAUUCUGGUUAUUCUCGUGCUGAAGAGAACGCCAAUCCUCACCCAUGAGGGGAAGAUGAGGCUGAAGACAGACCUUCAUGGUCUGUGUGGGAAAGGGACAUACAAAAUGGGAAGAGUCCCUUGAUGGGAGAGGGUGGGUGGGUUACAUUUCUUUACUUGCAAAUUGAGUUUGUACUUAUUUCUUAAGCAUAGUCACUUGCUUUGAAACAAUGCUGCAGAAGUAGACUGUGACAUCCAACUUGAUGUGUCAUAACAAGUAUUCACUGGCCCCUGCUUGUCCAACACUAUGUGGUGUAUGUGUAUAUCCAUAUGUGCUUUCUUUGUGGCAAGCUGACUUUAGUGGGCAGAAUAUCAGGGCCCUAUAUAGUUUUCUUGACAAAAUUAAAAAUACCACAGAACUGUGCAAUGCAAGGGGAAAGCUGUUCCAUCAUGCCCUUUCCCCAAAUUCUGGGGCCUUGUUUUUUUAUUUAUUUCUACGUCUCUUCUGCAUCUCCGUGAUACUUGAUAACGUAUGUUAAAUUGUAUCCAAUUGGGAGAAACUAAUAUCUGCUCAAAAUAGUGAACAUCUUUACUUAAUAAAUACUAUGCUUUACUACAAA